UUUUAAUUUCACAUAGCGGACACUUGAAAGCAGCCUGAGUGCACCGUCACACAUUUGUUGACAGUGAGCAACAUCACAUGCUAAGCUACAAGUGGAUGAUAUUAGGUUUUGUUAUCGUAUGAAUACAAGGACUAGCUGCUUUGUGGCUCUCUUGUAUCAUCGGUGAAGUGUUCUACACAUUAAGAGAUCCUCUAAACUGUCUCGUUUCCUCCGAGCUAACCGCAGUGUUGUCUACUGCGGUUACCGUUCCCCUGGUCCUGGAUUACACAGGCUGCACAUCUCAUUUAACCCUCAAUGCUGAAUACAAGGGCUGUGUUACAGACAUGCACCCACCAUCUCGACAGGACUAUAUAUCUAUAAGCCUUGCUGGACAAGGAACUUACAAUAACGGAAAGCAGUGGAGGAGGCAGUCCUGCUGGAGGAAAUGGAAACGGCUCUCCAGAUUGCAACGGAGCCUUAUCCUCCUCUUCCUGUUCAUGUGUGGAAUUGCUUCCUAUCCUGCUGUUACUGAACACCUUAGAGGCCUUACAGAUGGAGAGCGCUCCACAGAGAGUAACAGCGUCCUGAGGCCCAUCUUCCCUCAAGUGCUGCCGGAGCCUGUCAAACCACAGCCAGAACAAAGCUCCCAGAAGAAAUUAUCCAACAAGAGAGGGCCGCCCAUCCUUCAGAAUCGUCUUCAGAAGAAGGGCAACGGUACAGUCACAGUGGAGGAAAAGAAAGAAGAGGGGGAGGAAGAGGGGGUCAUCAGCUGGCGAGGUGCAGUGGUUGAUACUGAUAAGGACACAGAAGAAGCCAAGGAUGGGGAAAGUAAGGAUCAUUUACUUGCCAACCAUAAAUCUGGAUCUUCAAACCAGUCAGAAGCUAGCUUGUUGGAGGCUGUGAAGGAUGCUUUCAGACAUGCAUGGCAGGGUUAUAAAGACUUUGCUUGGGGCCACGAUGAGCUUCGGCCCCUCUCCAAGUCCUACAGCGAGUGGUUCGGUUUGGGUUUGACGCUUAUCGAUGCCCUGGACACCAUGUGGAUCCUUGGCCUUAAAGAAGAGUUUGAAGAAGCAAGGACGUGGGUGGCCACAGAGCUCACAUUCAACAAGAAUGUAGAUGUCAACCUGUUUGAAAGCACCAUCCGAAUCCUGGGAGGCCUCCUGAGUACCUACCAUCUGACGGGGGACACCAUGUUCCUGGACAAAGCUAAAGACAUCGGCUCCAGGCUGAUGCCAGCCUUUAACACCCCGUCAAAGAUCCCCUACUCUGAUGUCAAUAUCGGAAAAGGCACAGCCCAUCCUCCCCGCUGGACCUCAGACAGCACUGUGGCCGAGGUCACCAGCAUCCAGCUGGAGUUUAGAGAGCUCAGCCGCCUCACCCAGGACCCUCAGUAUCAGGAUGCAGUGGCUGAGGUUAUGAAACAAGUCCACAAGCUGGACGGAAAGCUGGAUGGUCUCGUGCCCAUGUUCAUCAACACGAACAACGGACAGUUCACCCAUCAAGGCAUCUUCACACUGGGGGCCAGAGCAGACAGCUACUAUGAAUACCUGCUGAAGCAGUGGAUCCAGGGGGGCAAGAAGGAGGACCAGCUCUUGCAGGACUACGUGCAGGCAAUAGAGGGUGUGAAGAAGAAUCUGUUGCAGAAAUCUUCCCCUAAUGGCCUCACCUUUGUUGGAGAACUUUCACAUGGACAGUUCAGCCCGAAGAUGGACCAUCUGGUGUGUUUCCUGCCGGGCACGCUGGCUCUGGGGGCCCACCACGGCCUCCCUGCUGAUCACAUGGAUCUGGCCAAACAGCUGAUGGAGACCUGCUACCAGAUGUACAUCCAGAUGGAGACGGGCCUCAGUCCAGAGAUCGUCCACUUCAACAUGCAUGAGGGCAGCAUCCGAGACAUCGACGUAAAGCUUGCAGAUAGGCACAACCUCCUGCGGCCGGAGACAGUGGAGAGCCUCUUCUACCUGUACAGGUUCACCAAGGACCACAAGUACCAGGACUGGGGCUGGAACAUUCUGCAGAACUUUAACAAGUACACCAAGGUUUCCUCCGGGGGCUACACCUCCAUCAACAACGUCCGUGACCCGGACUACACCAGCCCUCGAGACAAGAUGGAGAGCUUCUUCCUGGGAGAGACCCUGAAGUAUCUGUACCUGCUUUUCUCAGACGAUCCCAGCCUCAUCAGUCUGGACGAGUAUGUGUUCAACACUGAAGCUCACCCCCUGCCUAUAUGGCCCUCCACAGCCUGACACAAACAUACCCAGGAAUUGAAAUGGCCGAUAGAACUGCCUGUAGAAACUGAACACAUCUCAGGGUUGGUCGAACACCAAGAUAACUCCUAUCUCUGUGACUGAAUGACAAGCACACACCAGAGGGAGCGUCUCCGUUACUGAUUCCAUCAAUGGUUUCCUCUCUGUGUGAAGAGGAGCCGGGGUCAACGUGUAGACUGGUUUAUUAUUCACUGGUGGAUUUUGUUGCAUGGACUCUGGUAGUGAGUGUAUGCUGAUGAAGCAGAGGAAGGUUUCCGUCCUCUACCAUCUGCGUUAAAGAGAAACCUGAUUGUGACGUGAAUCAAAGAUGUCUUGAACACAUGGAGGUGUUGGAUGGCUGAUACUGAGAUUUCCAGUUUGAAGCUGUUCAUUGCUUACAGCUGUGCACAUAACUUCAAACACAAAUGUACAUGUUAUGUCGGGGAAAAAAACAUGUUGUAUUUAUCCCCUGCAUUGUAUCCAGUGAAAUGGUUUCUUAAGCUCGCAUCUGCCAUGGGGGUGCAACCCGGUGCUGAGGUCAGCAGACGGUUACUGACCUGAAGCCUCCUGUGUGUCUGCUGCUGCCCUCUGUCACAGCUCUGUACUGCUGUGACUCCUGCAGGGCUGCAAGACAAAGCUAAUGAGUCCAUCACACUGUGUCAUAUAGUCAUUCUGUCUGGCUAUGACUAUCCUCAGAUGCCCUCGGUGCUCGCUCAGCCCAGUAUUCGCUUUCCCAUGCUGCAUUCAUGUCAUACAGGAGAUGUGACUUUACUGCAUAAAAGUUCCAUCCUAGAACAGUGCAACUCAAGGAGUAGCAUUCAGUUUAGUUUGUGGAGGACACUGACUUCAAGUCUGCAGGGUCAAGGGAUAUCAAGAUAAUAUUUCUCCGUUUGUCAGAGAUGAUCGUAUGUCAUGCUGGAAGCAGCAUUCAGAUCGUAAACUUCAGUGAAAGCACACAAUACUGUAACACACUUACAUGCCUCAACGCCCAAGCAACGCUUUUUUAUCUUUGCAACCUGGCAACCCAGCAGUUUUCCCAAUGCCCGACAUGAUUGGUGGACCCUGACUGGCAGGCCAGGCAGAGCUACUGUUCAUGAACGCAACAUGGUGGACAUCUGCUCAGCAGAGUCUGGGGCCAUGCAGGUCCUUAAACUCUGACAUGUAACCUUUGAUAAUCAAGGUUGGAAAAGGUGUGUGUGUGUGUGUGUGUGUGUGUGUGUGUGUGUGUGUGUGUGUGUGUGUGUGUGUGUGUGUGUGUGUGUGUGUGUGUGGCAAGUUAUUAAUAACUUCUUGCAAUCGUAUAAUUCCCAUUUGGCAUGAAUGCAUCAUUGAUCUGUACUCGGGACUGACUUUGUUAUGAUUUCAGUUGUUGCUAAGCAGCAGAUUUACUAGUGAAGCUUGUCUUUUGUGAGGAUAGCAAUGAGUUAUAAGCAUCAUUUUUCUGAGAAGCUGCUCUUUUCACUGAUUGUUCCAUUUCUCCUUCUGUUUUUCUUGGUAUGGUGUGACAUUCCUCUGAUUCUCUUUGAAGUGAUAGCAAUUAAUUUAAAAUAGAAAUGUAGCGUGCGAUCCUCUUAAUACAGUCAGCUCUUUUGUGUUUUCAAAGUAGCAACCUCACAGCAGCUGCAUUCAUUCCUGUGAAUACUAAUAGUUUACAUCAUAGCUCUAUUCUGUUUAAGACCAAACUCAUCUUGUGUAUUCUGUGUAUUCUCCUUGGUAUUGUUUCACAUGUGCCUUCAAAAUACAACUGUUGACUUGCUGAUGUGUAUUUCUAUCCAUUCAGUCUACUAUGAACAUGUGCAUCCGUUGCUGGUUAGCCACAGUGUGAUCAUAAUGCAAAUAUGACUAUUUUUACGAUGGAAUAAUAAAGUAAGGGUUUCUAUUUUUUCAGCAGUCCCUCAAAGCAAUCUUUAGGUUUACAGAAAGCUCAUCUCCAGCAGUGUACGUCCUGCCUGAAGAGGCUCGGACCCCUCCCUAGAUGUUUUCAGCAUCAUUCCUGAGCCAAACAUGCUGAACAUAUCAACCUAGUGUUUGAUAAUUGAAGCCAUUUCUACAAAGCAGCUUCUGUUUCAGGUCAAACUAUUUCCAGUGCUUUUGAUAAGGGUCUGUGGGGUUUGAAAUCAUUGACUGCGUCACUUCUGUUUGAGACAGACUGCUUUAAGUGGAGGCUGUGCCACGCUGCACUCAAACAUGUUUUAUAUUUGUGUUGGUUUUUAUUGUCACAUGGUGAAUGAUAAACUCUGGAUCGGCUUUAAAUGAGUAAAAAUUGUAGAAAUUAAAGAGAUUUUAUUGAACAGAA